GCCACUCAAAACAAAAGGUCGCGUCUGAGAAGCGCCCGCAGCAAUGUUUCGCUUUUGUUCUCGUUGCCAUUGUCCAUCAGUAACGACUUCACGAUUCUCUCGAUCGCCAUGACCUCAACGGAGCAAGUUGAACCUCUUCUCGUCCUCAGUCGAGUUGGACGAUGCUUGAUAUAACGCCAAAACUGCACCAGGAUCCCGAAGUCACCAAGACUGAAGCUCCCCGUCCGGGGCUGCUCACACGCUUCGCGAAGUUCUGUUUCGACCUCCGGACGCUCGGACGGCGGCGCGAGCCUGACGUGCUGCCCGUCCACCAACCGAAGCUGGAGCCUUGGUCGCCCUUGCACAUCGAGAAGCGUGCAGCGCCCUGCUGCGAGCACUGCGUCAAGCGGAGGAAGCGGAAGCGGCGAAACACGAUCCUGUUCGUCGUUCUCAUAAUCCUGCUUCUCUACCUGCUGGGCAACAUGAUCGCACUCGACGUCACCACCGGCGGGUCGUCCGCGUCUGCGUCUGCGUCGAGCUCGCCCUCUUUGUCGGCGAACCAACAGCUGUGCCUCUCAGAGUUCGAGAUCAACGCACCUGCGAACGCGUCGCUGUACCCGUGCUCGACCUGCCUCUCCACGCUCCAGGGCGUCUCGUCCGACUUCCUGAAGGCGCACGCCCAGGAUGCCGCGCAGGUCCAGAACGCCAUCCAGUUCUGCGCGCUGCGGAGCGUCUUCGUCGAGGCGAACGGCCAGGGGCAGAGCAGCCUGGGGAACGGCGGGUGGAUGCAGAACACGGACGUCUGCGGGUGGACCGGAGUCGAGUGUGACGGCGAUGGGAGGGUGACUUCGCUGUACGUUCCCGUCUUGUCCUCGGUCGUUGAUAUAACUGACGCGCGCGCCAGGGAGUUGAGCACGCCAAGCAUACCCACCGUCAUCCCCGACCAGCUCGCCGGCUCGCUGCCCUCGUCCUUCACGAACCUGACUGCCCUGACGACGCUCGAGUUCCAAGCGACGGGCAUCACGAGCAUCCCGGACGGCCUGUUCGACUCGCUGAAGAAUGUGUCUUCCCUCACGCUGGAGAAGAACGCACAAAUGUCGCCGACACUGCCGUCGAGUGUAGCCCGUCUCCCGAUUCAAGAUCUGGUGAUCACGAACCAAGCACUCACCAAUCCGCUCUCGACUCUCUUCAAUAGCACUUCCGUCCAGUCGUCGUUGAAGCUCCUGGAUGUCUCCACGACAAACAUGACCGGAUCGAUCCCCUCCUCCGUCUCCUCGCUCACCGCGCUCGUCGAGCUACAUCUCGACCACAACGACCUCACGAACCCCCUGCCGACCUCGUUCCCCUCCACACUCCAGAUCCUCAACCUCGCCAACAACACGGGCCUCAGCGGGUCCGUGGACGGGUCCUUCUGCGCGCUGGGCGCGCUCCAGCAGUGCGAUGCGACGGGCACGGGCUUGAAGGCUGCAGGCAGCUGCGGGGUGUGUGAGUUUUCGUGAACAUUCGGACUGCGAUGAACUGUGGACUUUGAGUUUUGAAUGGUUCGGACUGUAGUGUAGCCGUAGCAUGAUUUUCGGACGUAGUUAUGUCUUUCGGACUUGUAUACGUAUUGCGCGCUCGCCUCGAGGCUUAAUGGACUUUAUGACCGGAUAAAAUGCCCUGACACCCUCGAGCACGAGUGUUGGCCUACACUGUGAGUACGACCGGGAACGGCUUGUCAGCUUGCAGUCGCAAGUGGUCAAUUAUUCCUUUCGGAAGCACUCAGUAGCACUGCAGCUGGUCCCGGUCACCGGUCACCACUUUGCGUGCCUGCCUUGAGCUUGAGGCUGGACUGGCUGCCUGGCAGU